UCCGUGUCAUGUGUAAGGAAAUCAUUCUUGCCCUGGAGGAAGACUGAGAGAGAAACCAAUCGACCCCCAGCUGUCAACCACCUCGUCCCAUAGACUAUUUCCAUAAAGAGCAUUGCUCAGGUGUGCGAGACUGGAGCCACUAUUCAGGCACUCACGGAGAAGUCCGGGAUAUGUGAAUGUGUGAAGAUUGCCCUGCAGAGACUCAGGAAUUCCUCGUGAGCUUGUUGGACAGCGCUGCUUUUCCUCAGCCCAGGCUGCGGAAACCAACUACAGCAACACAUUCGUCCUUGAUCAUGGAGAACCUCGUCUCACCUCUUCCCUUUGAAAUCAAUAUCGUACAGCGGUGUGGAGAUUCCAUCAAGGUGGAGAACGGAGCGCCAGACGAGAAUUCGGACAAUGCCAUCGAACUGACGGCCGCAGCCUAUACGAAACUGAAGGAAAUCGUUGAUUCCCUCGGCGAAAGCUCCGCUAGGGCACAAGGAUUGAAGAGUCCGAUAACUUGCAUGGAGAGUUUCGUGAUGGCACCAACGGGCUCGGAGCAGAGGCUAUACGUCGUCGCACUGAACUGGAGAAAAACUCAAGAGAGUCAGGCAGACGCCGCAAAGACAUCCAAAGUUCCUGAAUUUCCGUCGGGGGCUCGUUAGUUGUUCAUCGUGCUCCAGAUAGAGGCCGUCCUCGAUCCGAAAAUGGAGGAACCAACAAAGGAAACGGAACUGUUACUCGAGGAUGACACCAUGGCCGAAGGUGGCGAAGAGGAGGACUUGGACUCACUCCGAGCUCGUGUUCGGGAGAUGGCCGAAGAAGCUGAGAAGUUGAAAAAACUCCAGUCCGAAGUUGACAAGAACACGACGCAACUCAGUGAGCAGGAGAAAAAAGAAAUAGAUCAAAGGUCAAUUUAUGUUGGAAAUGUCGAUUACGGAGCCACAGCCGAAGAACUCGAGCAGCACUUCCAUGGUUGCGGUUCUGUUAACCGGGUCACAAUACUUUGCGACAAGUUCUCUGGUCAUCCAAAAGGCUUCGCCUACAUUGAAUUCGCGGACAAAGACUCCGUGGAAACGGCUAUGGCCAUGGAUGAUAGUCUGUUCCGAGGGCGUCAGAUAAAAGUACUCCAAAAGAGGACCAAUAUGCCUGGUAUCAGCACCACCAACCGACCUCCCCGAGGACGCGGGUUACGCGGUAGAGGAUUUAGAGGUGGUUUCCGAGCACCAAGACGGGGUGUUUUCAGAGGUCGCGGAAGAGGCUUCUACGCUGGAUAUGCUCCUUAUUGAGAAAGGAAAAUCAAACACCAGCUCCACAGAAAAGCUGCUGUCAGAAAAGGGGGAGGAAGGAAAUUCAUGUAAAAGAUCCGGGAAGAAUCCAAGUUUACGAUAACAGCAGUGUGUGUGUGUAACAAUGUCUAAAGGAGUGAAAAUAUCCGAAAAGAAUGUCCCGCGACACCCCAAUAAUAAAAAAAAAAGUAAUAAAACA